AAUAAACUUUAUUGCCAAGCAAAAAGAUAGCCACGUUGGAUUCGGCAGAUAACUUUCAAAACAUUUACGAACGCCAUUUACGGUUGGACUUAUGAUUUAAGAUACUACUAAAGUUUUAUAAUUACUGUUAAAGACUUAAAUAAGAAUGUCGGUCAAUUUAAUCACUACAAUUAACACAGAGCAUGAAGACAUGAUACAUGAUGCCCAAAUGGAUUAUUAUAGCAGAAAGUUAGCGACAUGCUCAUCUGAUCGCACAGUCAAAGUUUAUGAAGUAGUUGGUGAAACUUACAAACUGAUAGCUGAUUUGCGAGGACAUGAAGGUCCAGUUUGGCAAGUUGCUUGGGGUCAUCCAAGUUUCGGAAACUUACUUGCAUCAUGUUCGUAUGACAGAAAAGUUCUUAUUUGGAAAGAAUCUGGAAAUGAUUAUCAAUGUAUCUAUGAAUCACAACAUCAUGACUCUUCUGUAAAUUCAAUAUGUUGGGCACCUCUAGAAUAUGGAAUAAUGCUAGCUUGUGGAGCAUCUGAUGGUGCAGUGUCUAUUAUUUCCAAUAUAGGUGGCCAAUGGGAGGUGGAAAAAAUUUUGAAUGCGCAUUCAUGUAUUGGGUGUAAUGCAGUUUCUUGGUUACCAGCUGUUCAAUAUCAAAAAACAGAUCCGCUCACAAACACUUCUGGGUUUACGUAUAAGAAAAAAAUAGUUUCUGGUGGCUGUGAUAAUCUCAUAAAGAUUUGGAGCUACAGUGAAUCUGAUAGUAAAUGGAUUGAGGAAGACCAACUAAGUGCACACAGUGAUUGGGUUCGGGAUGUAGCUUUUGCACCAAACUGUGGCUUAGAUAGUCUCAUACUUGCUAGUUGUUCUUUGGAUGGACGUGUGAUCAUUUGGAGAAAAAAUGAGAAAGAAGGCAGUCAAUGGACACACCAGGUUUUGAAUAAGUUUAAUGAAGCUAUAUGGCAUGUAAGUUGGUCAUUAGCAGGCAAUAUACUAGCGGUGUCUGGAGCAGAUAACAAGGUAUCGUUGUGGAAAGAAACUUUAGAUGGAACAUGGGCAUGUGUAAGCAAUGUAGAAAAAGGAAUCGGUCUGCCGCCUUAAUAAAUAUGUACUUUUUUUUAACGUCACGGGUUUGAAUUACCAUGAAAUAGUCAAUAAAAUUAUUUAAAAAUA